UGGUAUCUGAAGGUGUGAGCCAAUUUUCAACUGCAGAGUUUGGAGGAAUUUAGAAGAAGACACAGUCUUUGCUCUGGCAUCCGUGCAGAAGUGUGAGAAGUCAGGACAGGCAGACACAGGAUNACAGCAACUAUGGCCUCAUCAGUCCUGGAGAUGAUAAAGGAGGAGGUGACAUGUCCUAUCUGUCUGGAGCUCCUGAAGGAACCUGUGAGUGCUGACUGUAACCACAGCUUCUGCAGAGUCUGCAUCACACUGAACUAUGAGUCCAACAGAAACCCAGAAGGGGAGGGCAACUGCCCUGUGUGCCGAGUUUCUUACCCAUUUGGGAAUCUGAGGCCUAAUCUACAUGUGGCCAACAUAGUAGAGAGGCUCAAGGGGUUCAAGUCCAUCCCAGAGGAGGAGCAGAAGGUNAAUAUCUGUGCACAACAUGGAGAGAAACUCCAGCUCUUCUGUAAGGAGGACAUGAUGGCGAUCUGCUGGCUUUGUAAGCGAUCUCAAGAACACUGCAGUCACCACACAGCUCUCAUUGAAGAGGUUGCCCAUGAAUACAAGGAGAAGCUGCAGGAAGCUCUUCGGAAACUGAUGGAAAACGAGAAAAGAUGUGAUGAAUGGCAGGAUGAUCUUCAACAGCAGAGAGCUAACUGGGAGAACCAAAUACAGAGCAAUGUAGAAAAUGUUCAGAGACAGUUUAAUGGACUAAGAGAGUUCCUGGACUCCAAGGAGAAUGAGGAGCUGCAGAAGCUGAAGAAAGAGAAGGAAGCUGUUGUACAAAUGCUGGAAGCGUCUGAAAAUGAGCUGGUCAUGCUGAAGCAUAGGGUGAGAGAUGUCAUCUCAGAUGUGAAGCAUCAGUUGGAGCUCUCAACCAUAGAAAUGCUGCAAGGUAUAAAUUGUAUCCUGAUAAGGAGUUGGGCCUUGGGACUGAAACAGCCCAAAAUGGUCCCCUCAAAAAGAAGAAGAAUGUUCCAAGCUCCAGAUCUGAAAGGCAUGCUGCAAGUGUAUCAAGGACUCAUGGAUGUCCAGCAAUACUGGGUUCAUGUGACUCUACAAGAAAACAGCCAGGAAAGCAUUGUCAUUAACAUAAAUGAAAGACAAAUAGGAUGUGUGAGUAACUAUAUGAGGAAUAUUCUAGUUUCUGAGACCUACCAUUUGGGUGUCCUGGGAUACCCAGCUAUUUCCUCAGGAAAGCAUUACUGGGAAGUAGACGUGUCUAGAAGUAAUGCCUGGCUCCUCGGAUUAAAUGAUGGAAAGUGUGCUCAGCCUCAAUUUAAUUCAAUGAAUGAAAUAAGCUUCAAAAUGCAACAUAAUUCUAAUGAUGAACAAAACAUAAUGUAUCAGCCUAAAUAUGGCUACUGGGUUAUAGGGAUGAGGUAUAAGACUGCAUACAAGGCCUUUGAUGAGUGUUCUAUCACCCACAAUUCUAGUGUCUUGGCCCUCUCUGUGUCUGGUCGUCCCAGUCGUGUUGGAGUUUUCCUGCAUCAGGAAGCUGGCACUCUCUCGUUUUAUGAUGUUUCUAACUAUGGAGCUCUCAUCUACAGGUUCCAUUACCCCCUCUUCCCUCCUAAACUCUAUCCAUAUUUUAAUCCUAUGAAUUCUACAGGGCCUAUGAUUAUAUGCGAGCCACCCUCCUAAACCCUCACAUGUAUCUAUACAGUGCCCCCAUGUCUGGUGUAUCUUAUUGUAAGAGCCCCCUUGCAUCAUUCUAACUUUUUUUUGUCUUGGGGCCCUUUAUUUUAAUGACCUUUACUUCUAACCACAAACCACUGUGGAUUCAUUUCCUUGAUCCAGUUGUUUGUCUGCUCACAAGAUGAUUACUGUCAUUUGUUAUUUCCCAUAUUCCCAAAGAAAAUGGCUGCUCCCUCACAAAGUGAAAUAGAGCCUCUGCUAAUGCCAUCUCUGUAGGAAAACAGUCAAAUGAAUGACUCAUGGUGAACUAUGUCUUAGUUACCUGUGAGAGAGGCCCCAGAAAAAAAAGGCAAAGAGUCUUUUUCUUCAAGGACAUUUUGUCCCCUGGAUUGCUUUGGAUGUGAUUUUGUGCCUCCUGCAA